AUGGACAGUUUGAAAUUAAACAAACCUGUAACUUAUACUCCUUAUAUUUCUUUGAUAGCUGAAGGCUAUGCUGCCUUCCAAGAAGAUAGCUCGGGAGAUGAAGCUGAAAGCCCUUCCAAGAUGAAAAGGUCCAAGGGAAUCCAUGUGUUUAAGAAGCCCAGCUUCUCUAAAAAGAAGGAGAAAGAUUUCAAAAUAAAAGAGAAACCCAAAGAAGAAAAGCAUAAAGAAGAAAAACAUAAAGAAAAGAAGUCAAAAGAUUUGACAGCAGCUGAUGUUGUUAAACAGUGGAAGGAGAAGAAGAAAAAGAAGAAGCCAAUUCAGGAGCCAGAGGUGCCUCAGAUUGAUGUUCCAAGUUUCAAACCCAUUUUUGGAGUUCCUUUGGUUGAUGCUGUAGAGAGGACCAUGAUGUAUGAUGGUGUUCGACUGCCAGCUGUCUUUCGUGAAUGUGUGGAUUACAUGGAGAAAUAUGGCAUGAAGUGUGAAGGCAUCUACAGAGUUUCAGGAAUUAAAUCAAAGGUGGAUGAGCUAAAAGCAGCCUAUGACCAAGAGGAAUCUCCAAACUUAGAAGAAUAUGAGCCUAAUACCAUAGCCAGUUUGCUGAAGCAAUAUUUGCGAGACCUUCCAGAGAAUUUGCUUACCAAAGAGCUUACGCCCCGAUUUGAAGAGGCUUGUGGGAGGACCACAGAGAUUGAGAAAGUUCAAGAAUUCCAGCGUUUGCUCAAGGAGCUCCCGGAAUGUAACUACCUUCUGAUUUCCUGGCUCAUUGUGCACAUGGACCACGUCAUCACAAAGGAACUGGAAACAAAAAUGAAUAUACAGAACAUCUCUAUAGUUCUCAGCCCAACUGUACAGAUCAGCAAUCGUGUUCUGUAUGUGCUUUUCACACAUGCACAAGAGCUCUUUGGAAAUGUGGUAUUAAAGCCAGUAACAAGACCUCUGCGCUGGUCCAACAUGGCCACAAUGCCCACAUUACCGGAGACCCAGGCUGGAAUCAAGGAGGAGAUCAGAAGACAGGAGUUUCUUUUGAAUUGUUUACAUCGAGACCUGCAGGGUGGGAUAAAGGAUUUAUCUAAAGAAGAAAGAUUAUGGGAAGUACAAAGAAUUUUGACAGCCCUCAAAAGAAAAUUGAGAGAAGCCAAAAGACAAGAGUGUGAAACCAAGAUUGCACAGGAGAUAGCCAGUCUUUCAAAAGAGGAUGUUUCCAAAGAAGAAAUGAACGAAAAUGAAGAAGUGAUUAAUAUUCUCCUUGCCCAGGAAAAUGAGAUCCUGACUGAACAGGAGGAGCUCUUGGCUAUGGAGCAGUUUCUGCGUCGGCAAAUUGCCUCAGAAAAGGAAGAGAUUGAACGCCUCAGAGCUGAGAUUGCUGAGAUACAGAGUCGCCAGCAGCACGGCCGAAGUGAAACCGAGGAGUACUCCUCCGAGAGUGAGAGUGAGAGUGAGGAUGAGGAGGAGCUGCAGAUCAUUCUGGAAGACUUGCAGAGACAGAAUGAAGAGCUGGAAAUAAAGAACAAUCACUUGAACCAAGCUGUUCACUUGGAGCGUGAGGCUAUCAUCGAGCUGCGAGUGCAGCUCCGGCUGCUCCAGAUGCAGCGAGCCAAGUCUGAGCAACAAAUGCAGGACGACGAGGAACCUGAGAGGCGAGGUGGCGUGGGCAUGCUGCCACAGGAUGGUAUCCUCGAGGUGAAAGCAGUUAAAGAGCAGCCAAAGGUGGGCAAGGAGCAGGCAAAGCCCUCACCCAGCAAAGACAGAAAGGAGACGCCCAUCUGAGCAGCCUGUGGGACAGCCAUAAACCCUCAGACUGUAAGGCCCUGUGCGUUUUACUGUAAUCCCAAGAGUCCACGCGGCUCUCCUGCUGUACAUUCUGUAAAGGUUCUUCUCAGAGACUUCUUUCACACAUCUGACUUCUCCUUGUCAGGCUCAGGUUCUGGAGGUUCUGUGGGCUUGUAGGGGACACAUGAGUUUUCCAGAUAGUGUCAGCUUGAGAGUUAAUUUUCCUUGUUAAAAUAACUUUUAACCCUUGAGUGGCUUCUUUUUAAACCAAAAAUCUCUGUCUUUGCUUUUUUUUUUUUUCAAUCACAGCAGAAUCAGGAUUUCUUUCUCAAGGGGUGGGAGGUAACCAAACCAGGUCACUGCUGCGCCUGCCUUGUGGAUUCCCAUUGUCUUACCACCCUGCAGGACCUCUGUGAGCUCCUGCACCCUGCAGGAUCUCUGGCUACUCUUGCUUGUGCCUUUUACACCUCCUAGGUGCAGAUUGUUCAGUGGGGAGCUGCCUCAUAUUUUCUGACUGGCCAAAAUGGCUCUCGCUGGGUAUUCCCUUUCCCUGCCCUGUCACCCUUUCCUUUUACAGUUCUGAACUAUGGUAUAUCAGCCUGAGUCACCAGAAUGGCCUAGUUUGGUUGCACAGAGGCUGCCCAUGGAGCCUGCUGCCGACCUCAACAGUGCAGGCCCCUAUUUUUCACUGCCAGGGAUCAGCAAAGGCUGAAAAUACUGGGGUGGGUUGAAGAUCUUCACCCUGACCUAAAACAUCCACAAAUGACUUCAGUUGCUUGCUUGGGCAAGAAUGUACCUGUCUCUUUGCCUGAAUAAGCCAUAUAUCUGUUCUUAAACAAGUUUUAAAUUAUUCAUAUCAUCUCAGUGAACCUACCAAGGAAUUCCCAAAUAAUUAGCAAGAUUGAGAAUAAGAAAAAUGACUCCUUGUAAUUAUAUCUGUGAUUCAUCCUGCCUUUCUGGUCCAUCAGAUCAAGAUGGCUGCCCCAAGGCUUCUCGAGAGACUAAGCUCUUAGGCAGCUUGAUUUGGCGGCCCUUUGUCAGGUGAGUGGCACCCUGUGGCUCUGAAAAUAAUCCCCCUGCUGGGCCCCACACAAUAAGGUGAUGAAGUCAAAUCCCACCUGAGGGCUCUAUUCUUCUCCUAGUUAGUAUUUAUUUUCAGCACCUGUUUGAUGCAGUUUUUUUUUUUAUCCUCUACCUAUUGCACUGUUGUGACUUGUUGGCCAUUAUUUCAUUUUUGUACGAAAAAGCUUUGUUAUAGAAAUCAGCAUACUAUUUUUUUAAAUCUGGAGAGAAGAUAUUAUGGUGACUGAAAAUAUGGUCAGGUGUCAAAUAUAAAUGUAUAAACGCCUUCUUGCUGUCCUGUCAGACAUAUUAUAUUCAUUUUAUAUUUGCUGGCAAUAUUGACAGUUUUGUUUGUGUAAAUUCUAAUUUCUAUCAGGGUGUCAUGGAUUUCUGAAAUUAUUAUUACAAAUGUCUCAACAUUGGUUAACUAAUUUUUGCCAAGACUAUUAUUGAUCAAGCAAAUAAAUUCAACAGCCAUUUGGGGGAAAAAAAGCUUCUAGUAUUUUUGUUCACUUUGUGGCUGGUGUGGAGUUGGUGUAGGUACUUCAAGGCCAAGAAUGAACAAGAUGUUUUGUUUUUACUUUGUGUUCCUCCUCGCUGCACAUUUGAUGACCACUACAGUCCUGUUUGUGCUUUCAGCUGUUUACCACCUUUCCUCACACUCAUACAUGCAAUUGAGCCUAUGUGCAAACCUAACUGGGACUGGAUCUGUCCUUCUCUCUGUGAUCAGCUUCAUUCUGCCACUAGGAAAACAAGGUUUGCCUUCUAGGUCCAAUCAGCUCGCCAAUCUUGACCCAGGUGUUGCAGUUCAGAGAGGCUCGCAUUUCAAAAGUGAAAUGAGAACUCAGCACAGCUAGCAUGUGUGACCAAUCCUAGGAACAUGAGAUUACAAGUACAGUAUUAAUACUGUUAAUAGGGUUAAAUUAUAUAAAGCCAAAAUUGUAAUUCUACUUUAUGGACAAUCCCAAAUAUAACUAUUUGACACAUCUGGAGAUACAACAGGGAAGUACUAGGAUCAGCUUCCAAGCUGGGAUCUGCUACCUAUGUGACAUUUUCUUUUUCAUCACAUUGCUCAACAGUGUACCUAUUUAGUGUUUAUUUGGAUGGCUCAGCACUAUUCCUAAUUCCUAGAAAACAAAUACACUUUUUGAGCCCAGCCAGGGUGACCAAAGCUCUGGAGUUUUCUUCCUGGUGUUCCUGUAGUCUCAGUCUUUAGUGUGAUGCAGGGGCCCAGUCAUUACUUUCAUUUGAGGCACAAGUGAAAGCACCCAAAGCAAUUAGAUGAACACUAGUAUUAUACAGGUGGUAGAGAAGGUAAGCAUUUGUCUCUGGAUGUACACAUAGAAAACAGUUGUACAUUGUAAAUCAGGAUACGCUGGAAGUGUGAGGAAGGGGCAGGAGUGCUCUUAGAACUCCAUACAUGGGCUAGGUGUGGUGGUUGUCUGUAAUGCUAGCUCCUUGGAAGGCUGAGAUUGGAGGAUUGUGCUUCAAGGCCAGUUGUUAUAUUACUUAAAAACACUAUAGAGAAAGAGGACUGUAGCAUGGCCUACAUAUGAUAGUGCUUGCUAGCAGGUCAGAGGCCAGGUUUAAUUGCUAGCACUUUCAAAAUAAAGAUUCUUAGGGAGUACCAACAAGUACUACUGUUGAAUUUCUGGCUCUCGCAGACUUUCAACAUGAUGGAUACUUUCUCUUUGAUGGAAAUUUGACACUGCUAGACUAGUCUGACUACUUGAACCUGUGGCAGAGAACUUUAUUUGUAGUGAAUGCUAGUUUGUUUCUGAACCAUUUCUUCAUCAAUGUCAUGUCCUCCACAAUGGCUUUCUGCGCCAUUCCAGCAGGCAGCAGGCUUUCAUCUCUUUGUAUUCCCAGUGCUUAAUUCUGGUGAUUAGCUUGGCACCUGGCAAUGAUUUGCUUGAAUGUUCUUUAGCAGUUCUAAAACUGCUUCCACAGAGAUGUUGCAGUGUACAAGAAAAACUAUAUAAGCUGAUACAGGAACUUAGUGGCCAGCCAUGCACAUCACAUAGAUGGAUGCUGGUGAAUGUCACCCAGGUAUCUCCCUGGAAUCCCUGCAGAGGACAAAGGUAGAGUCCCUGGGCUUCAACUUGAUCAUAGUAGGGUUUUCAUGUAAAAACACAGCACAUCCUCUUCUGUUUGAAAUUAAGAUCAAUAAUAAACAUGUAAGUUUG